GUUGGCCCGCCCCCUGGGCUGGCCUGGGAGGGAACCCGACUAGCAGAGCCCUCUGCUCAGUUGCUCCCAGCAGUGGCCCUGGGACCAGCUCUGCUCCUUGCACCCCGCUCCCUGCCUGGACACAGGCUCACUCGCUGCCUUCUUCUGGGAAACCAGCUUCUUGCCAGCCACAGCCGCUGCCUCCGCCACUGGCCACCGCCCCUGUCCUGGGAGUCCCUUGGCCCAGACACCCACCUGACUUAGUGGCUCCUCUGCAGGAAAGGUGGCUGCCCCCUGCGUUCCUCCAUCCAACCAUGAGCUGGUGCCCAUCACCACUGAGAAUGCACCAAAGAAUGUAGUGGACAAGGGAGAAGGAGCCUCCCGGGGUGGAAACACACGGAAAAGCCUCGAGGACAACGGCUCCGCCAGGGUCACCCCGAGUGUCCAGCCCCACCUCCAGCCCAUCAGAAACAUGAGUGUGAGCCGGACCAUGGAGGACAGCUGUGAGCUGGACCUGGUGUACGUCACAGAAAGGAUCAUCGCUGUCUCCUUCCCCAGCACAGCCAAUGAGGAGAACUUCCGGAGCAACCUCCGUGAGGUGGCCCAGAUGCUCAAGUCCAAACAUGGAGGCAACUACCUGCUGUUCAACCUCUCUGAGCGGAGACCUGACAUCACGAAGCUCCAUGCCAAGGUACUGGAAUUUGGCUGGCCCGACCUCCACACCCCAGCCCUGGAGAAGAUCUGCAGCAUCUGUAAGGCCAUGGACACAUGGCUCAACGCAGACCCCCACAAUGUCGUUGUUCUACACAACAAGGGAAACCGAGGCAGGAUAGGAGUUGUCAUCGCGGCUUACAUGCACUACAGCAACAUUUCUGCCAGUGCGGACCAGGCUCUGGACCGGUUUGCAAUGAAGCGGUUCUAUGAGGAUAAGAUUGUGCCCGUUGGCCAGCCAUCCCAAAGAAGGUACGUGCAUUACUUCAGCGGCCUGCUCUCCGGCUCCAUCAAAAUGAACAACAAGCCCUUGUUUCUGCACCACGUGAUCAUGCACGGCAUCCCCAACUUUGAGUCUAAAGGAGGAUGUCGGCCGUUUCUCCGCAUCUACCAGGCCAUGCAACCUGUAUACACGUCUGGCAUCUACAACAUCCCAGGAGACAGCCAGACUAGCGUCUGCAUCACCAUCGAGCCAGGACUGCUCUUGAAGGGAGACAUCUUGCUGAAGUGCUACCACAAGAAGUUCCGAAGCCCAGCCCGAGACGUCAUCUUCCGUGUGCAGUUCCAUACCUGUGCCAUCCAUGACCUGGGGGUUGUCUUUGGGAAGGAGGACCUUGAUGAUGCUUUCAAAGAUGAUCGAUUUCCAGAGUAUGGCAAAGUGGAGUUUGUAUUUUCUUAUGGGCCAGAGAAAAUUCAAGGCAUGGAGCACCUGGAGAACGGGCCGAGCGUGUCUGUGGACUAUAACACCUCCGACCCCCUCAUCCGCUGGGACUCCUACGACAACUUCAGUGGGCAUCGAGAUGACGGCAUGGAGGGCGUGGGCCAUCCAGGGCAGGGCAGAUCACUUGCCCUCCAGACCCCUGGUCUCUCGGGACUGAAGUCAAGGUCACAAUCAGAGGUGGUGGGACACACACAGGGGCCACUAGAUGGGAGCCUGUAUGCCAAGGUGAAGAAGAAAGACUCCCUGCAUGGCAGCACCGGGGCUGUUAAUGCCACACGUCCUACACUCUCGGCCACCCCCAACCACGUGGAACACACGCUUUCUGUGAGCAGUGACUCGGGCAACUCCACAGCCUCCACCAAGACAGACAAGACUGAUGAGCCUGUCCCCGGGGCCUCCAGUGCCACUGCUGCCUUGAGUCCCCAGGAGAAGCGGGAGCUGGACCGCCUGCUGAGUGGCUUUGGCUUAGAGCGAGAGAAGCAAGGUGCCAUGUACCACACCCAGCACCUCAGGUCCCGCCCAGCAGGAGGCUUGGCUGUGCCCUCCUCUGGACGCCAUGUUGUCCCAGCCCAGGUUCAUGUCAAUGGUGGGGCGUUAGCAUCUGAGCGGGAGACAGACAUCCUGGAUGAUGAGUUGCCAAACCAGGAUGGUCACAGUGCGGGCAGCAUGGGCACACUGUCUUCUCUGGACGGGGUCACCAACACCAGUGAGGGGGGCUACCCAGAGGCCCUGUCCCCACUGACCAAUGGUCUGGACAAGCCCUACCCCAUGGAGCCUAUGGUCAAUGGAGGAGGCUACCCCUACGAGUCUGCCAGCCGGGCAGGGCCUGCCCAUGCUGGCCACACGGCCCCCAUGCGGCCCUCCUACUCUGCACAGGAGGGUUUAGCUGGCUACCAGAGGGAGGGGCCCCACCCAGCCUGGCCACAGCCAGUGACCACCGCCCACUAUGCCCAUGACCCCAGCGGUAUGUUCCGCUCUCAAUCCUUUUCGGAAACCGAACCCCAGCUGCCCCCAGCUCCAGUCCGAGGGGGAAGCAGCCGGGAGGCUGUGCAAAGGGGGCUGAAUUCAUGGCAGCAGCAGCAGCAGCAGCAGCAGCAGCAGCCUCGCCCACCUCCACGCCGGCAGGAAAGAGCCCACUUGGAGAGUCUUGUAGCCAGCAGGCCCAGCCCUCAGCCAUUGGCAGAGACCCCCAUCCCCAGUCUCCCUGAGUUCCCGCGGGCAGCCUCCCAGCAGGAGAUUGAACAGUCCAUCGAAACACUCAACAUGCUGAUGCUGGACCUGGAGCCAGCCUCCACUGCUGCCCCACUACACAAGUCCCAGAGUGUCCCCGGGGCCUGGCCGGGGGCUUCUCCGCUCUCCUCCCAGCCCCUCUCUGGAUCCUCCCGUCAGUCCCAUCCACUGACCCAGUCCAGAUCUGGCUACAUCCCCACUGGGCAUUCAUUGGGAACCCCUGAGCCAGCCCCACGGGCCUCUCUGGAGUCUGUCCCUCCUGGCAGGUCUUACUCACCUUAUGACUAUCAGCCAUGUUUGGCUGGGCCUAACCAGGAUUUCCAUUCAAAGAGCCCAGCCUCUUCCUCCUUGCCUGCCUUCCUUCCGACCACCCACAGCCCUCCAGGGCCUCAGCAACCCCCAGCCUCUCUCCCUGGCCUCACUGCUCAGCCUCUGCUCUCACCAAAGGAAGCAACUUCAGACCCCUCCCGGACUCCAGAGGAGGAGCCAUUGAAUUUGGAAGGGCUGGUGGCCCACAGGGUAGCAGGGGUACAGGCUCGGGAGAAGCAGCCUGCAGAGCCCCCAGCCCCUCUGCGGAGGCGGGCGGCCAGUGAUGGACAGUAUGAGAACCAGUCUCCAGAAGCCACAUCCCCUCGUAGCCCUGGGGUUCGCUCCCCUGUCCAGUGUGUCUCCCCGGAGCUGGCUCUUACCAUCGCUCUCAAUCCUGGAGGGCGGCCCAAAGAGCCCCAUUUGCACAGCUAUAAGGAGGCCUUCGAGGAGAUGGAGGGAACCUCCCCGAGCAGCCCACCGCCCAGUGGAGUGCGGUCCCCCCCGGGUCUGGCCAAGACACCCCUGUCUGCUCUGGGCCUGAAACCCCACAACCCAGCAGACAUCCUGUUGCACCCCACAGGAGUUACCAGAAGAUGGAUCCAGCCAGAGCCCCGGAGCUAUGUGGAAUCUGUGGCACGGACAGCGGUGGCUGGGCCCCGAGCUCAGGACUCUGAGCCCAAGAGCUUUAGCGCUCCAGCCACCCAGGCCUAUGGCCACGAGAUACCCCUGAGGAACGGGACCCUGGGUGGCUCCUUUGUCUCCCCCAGCCCCCUCUCCACCAGCAGCCCCAUCCUCAGCGCUGACAGCACUUCAGUGGGGAGUUUCCCAUCGGGAGAGAGCAGUGACCAGGGUCCCCGGACGCCUACCCAGCCUCUGUUGGAGUCUGGCUUCCGCUCAGGCAGCCUGGGACAGCCCAGUCCAUCUGCCCAGAGAAACUACCAGAGCUCUUCUCCUCUCCCGACUGUCGGCAGUAGCUACAGCAGCCCCGACUACUCACUUCAGCAAUUCAGCUCCUCUCCGGAAAGCCAGGCCCGAGCUCAGUUCAGUGUGGCUGGCAUCCACACGGUGCCUGGGAGCCCUCAGGCGCGCCACAGAACAGUGGGCACCAACACUCCCCCUAGUCCUGGCUUCGGCCGGCGGGCCAUCAACCCCAGCAUGGCUGCCCCGGGCAGUCCCAGUAUGAGCCAUCGCCAGAUGAUGGGUCCACCAGGCACUGGCUUCCAUGGUAGCACCGUCUCCAGCCCCCAGAGCAGUGCAGCGACCACCCCAGGGAGCCCCAGCCUUGGUCGGCACCCAGCAGGGGCCUACCAGGUUUCCGGCCUUCACAACAAUGUGGCCACCACCCCGGGGAGUCCCAGCUUGGGCCGGCAUCCUGGGGCUCACCAAGGCAACCUGGCCUCCGGUCUCCAUAGCAACGCAAUAGCCAGCCCUGGAAGUCCCAGCCUAGGUCGUCACCUGGGAGGGUCUGGAUCUGUGGUUCCCGGCAGCCCCUGCUUGGACCGGCAUGUGGCCUAUGGUGGCUAUUCCACCCCCGAGGAUCGAAGACCCACACUGUCCCGGCAGAGCAGUGCCUCUGGCUACCAGGCUCCUUCCACGCCCUCCUUCCCCGUCUGCCCUGCCUACUACCCUGGCCUGAGCAGCCCUGCCACCUCCCCGUCGCCAGACUCAGCAGCCUUCCGGCAAGGGAGCCCAACUCCGGCCUUGCCAGAGAAGCGAAGGAUGUCGGUGGGAGACCGGGCAGGCAGCCUCCCCAACUAUGCCACCAUCAACGGGAAGGUGUCUUCGCCUGUCGCCAGUGGCAUGUCCAGUCCCAGCGGGGGCAGCACCGUCUCCUUCUCCCACACUCUGCCCGACUUCUCCAAGUACUCCAUGCCAGACAACAGCCCGGAGACGCGGGCUAAAGUGAAGUUUGUCCAGGACACUUCUAAGUAUUGGUACAAGCCUGAGAUCUCCAGGGAGCAGGCCAUCGCGCUCCUCAAGGACCAGGAGCCGGGGGCCUUCAUCAUCCGAGACAGUCACUCCUUCCGAGGUGCCUAUGGGCUGGCCAUGAAGGUGUCUUCACCACCUCCAACCAUCGUGCAGCAGAAUAAAAAAGGAGACAUGACCCAUGAGCUGGUCAGGCAUUUUCUGAUAGAGACCGGCCCCAGAGGAGUCAAACUCAAGGGCUGCCCCAAUGAGCCAAACUUCGGAUCGCUGUCUGCCCUGGUCUACCAACACUCCAUCAUCCCAUUGGCCCUGCCUUGCAAGCUGGUCAUUCCAAACCGAGACCCCACAGAUGAAUCAAAAGAUAGCUCUGGCCCUGCCAACUCAACUGCAGACCUGCUGAAACAAGGGGCAGCCUGCAAUGUGCUCUUCGUCAACUCUGUGGACAUGGAAUCACUCACUGGGCCACAGGCCAUCUCCAAAGCCACAUCUGAGACAUUGGCUGCAGACCCCACACCAGCUGCCACCAUCGUUCACUUCAAAGUCUCUGCCCAGGGAAUCACUCUGACUGACAACCAGAGAAAGCUGUUUUUCAGACGCCACUACCCCCUCAACACUGUCACCUUCUGUGACCUGGAUCCACAGGAAAGAAAGUGGAUGAAAACAGAGGGUGGUGCCCCUGCUAAGCUCUUCGGCUUCGUGGCCCGGAAGCAGGGCAGCACCACGGACAACGCCUGCCACCUGUUUGCUGAGCUUGACCCCAACCAGCCGGCCUCUGCCAUCGUCAACUUUGUCUCCAAGGUCAUGCUGAAUGCCGGCCAAAAGAGAUGAACCCUGCCCCUUGCCCAGGGCCAGUGCCGUGGGGAAGGGGCGUGUGGGGAGGGGACCCAUGAAUCCUGACCACUCUUGAACCCAGAAGGAGGACUUUGGGCCAAUUUCGGAGGAGAGAAGAAAGUGCAACGUGGGGAGAGGGAAGUGAAUUGCGGGGGGGGGGAAGAGAGAGAGAGAGAGAAAAAAAAAAGAAAAAGAUGGAGGAGAAGAACUUGGAUUCCCCUGGGUAGAUGGAAACUGCAAAAACCCAAAGCCUCCAAAACUAACCAGGUCCACCUAACACCCCCUCCCUUCCCCAAGAAGAUGGAUGUCCUCAGAAGGAACAAACCUCCUUGGGAAUCCACAUUUUUUGGGGGAAUGGAAAAGCUCUGUCUCCCUAACUCAACUGCUUUGCAAGGGGAAAUCAGGCUGGGAGAAUCUUUUUCUGGCCACCUGUAGGGUAGGUUGUCAAACCAAACAGAGCCACCGUGGGACAUCAAGUGGCAGAACUUGUUCGCUUGAAGCUGUCUCAGACCCAAGGCACCUCAGGUCUCUUUGCCUCCACUCUAUUGUCAUGUGGGUGUGUGUCUGCACCCACAUCCUCACACAUUGAUCUAGAUCUGCCUUUAUCCACUCGAAUUAUAAACAGCCCGGCUUGUCCUUGUCCCAUGUGUUUGCAGACACACAUGCAUACUGUCCAAAGGUUAGGGAUGACGGUGGCAGGGCAGCAGGGGAGGGACAAACAACCAAGCUGUGGGUGACAGAGGCUCUCUCCUGGUGCCUGCACCUGCACUCUAGUGACCCUGGGUGCCGCCAGACUCUUCUCCUCUACAAAGACCCCAGCAGGAGUGGGAGGGCCUGCAAUGGCAUCACCCUGUCCUGUCUUGGCCAGAAGACUGGAGGUUUGGUUUGAGGAGGUAGAGAUAUGUGUAUCCAUAGGAAGAGAUCUGUCAGAACAGGCAGCUGUUGAGCUCGGGGUGUCUUCCCCAAGGCAUGUGGCUCAGCAGCAAGAAACGCAAGUUGCUCCUGCUGGGGCUCUGGACUCCGUCUUAGCUCCCACCUCUCAGCCCUGUUAUUGGGUUUCAUGCCCCAGGACCAGUCUUAUCUCAGAUCUGCUUACCUGCAUGAUGCCUUUUUGGGGGCUAGGGAUUGAGCCUUCCUGCUCUGCCCAGCCCUGUUCUAUUCUGCAGGGUCCCUGUGUUGGAAUUCACCCUGGGGAACCUGCUUCCUGCUCAGUGAGGCUCAGGGCAGAAACCUGGAGUCCUUAUCCUCCCCUCUGUAAGUGUUUUAGGGUCUGGCUUUUGCAGGCACCCUCUGACCUCAGCAGAGCUCCUGGGCCUGCUGCCUGUACACCACAUUGCCUACCUACAAUGCCAAAGCCUCACUGUCACCCUUUCUGCCUUGGUUUCCCCAGCUGAGCCACGCUGCCCAUGCAGCAGAGAGCAGAAGGCUUGCACUUGGGCCAAAGGGCCUAAGGUCCACUGGACAGUUGGGAAAACACCUGACCACCAUUUAAGGACUCUAAGCCAGAAUGGAAAAUUCACCAGGACUCCAUUCUUAAGACUAUGGGGGUCCCCUAGAGAGAGGCAUUGUACUGAUAUAUAAAUAUUAUAUAAUAUAUACAUGAGACAUACUGACAGAAUCUGUAAGCUAAUAAAAUGUAAGAAAAGGUUAAAAAAAGAAUAGGUAAAUUGACAAGAAGUAUUUAUUGUUUUUCCAUAUUGCUUUAUUGCCUUCCCUGGGGAUAAACCAAUUCCUAUCCUUUUUUCUAUGUGUAAGUAAAGCCUGAAGUGUAGGGGGCCUUUGUUCUUGGAGCAGCCAGGGUCUCCUUGCCCUGGCCUUGGCCUUCCCUAGACCGUGUGGGGCUCAGCGUUGGAAGGGGUUGCACAUGUCCCACCCUUUGGCCCCCUUACUUUUCAGCAAGCCAGGGGCCCAGCAGUCAGCUCCCAGGAUGUGUGGGGAGCUGUCCCUGCCUCUGCAGGCCUGAGCGAGUGUGUGAGCAUGCGGGGACAUGGGUGUGCAUGGCACACAUAGGUGUGUGUGUGCCUUUUGUAUUUUUUCUCCUCCAAGGAGCUGUGUCAGUGUGGACGUUCUGUUUCAGGGAGUUGGAAAGGAGGGUGUCUGCAGAAGGUGGAGAGCAGGGGCAGAGGCCCCACCGGCCACCCCCUGCUUCCCAGAGUGAAACCUUGUGCCUAGUGACUGAAGUCCCUCCAAAGUGCUCUUCCUUCUGAGUUAUUCAAGCCAAAUAUCUGGGUUUCACCCUCUCCUCAUUCCCUAGCAAACCCCAAUUAUCUUCCAAGAUAGGAGAUAUUUCCCAUCCCCCCUUCCUUUGUAAAUAUCUCAUCUCCCACUGGACAGCCCAGGAGCCUAUUCCUGGCAUGGAUGUUUUGUCCACACUUGAGGCUGGGCAGUGUAUCAGACCCUUCAAGCAGCCUGGCUGGGGCCCGGGACUGAGUCUGGGGUCAGCUUUCACAGUCGCUUUCCCCUUUCUCACCACCCACCACAGCCCACCUUGCAUACCUGGCCAGCCCCUCCACUCCAGCCUGAGCCGUGUGUGCCCCUGCGGGAGGACCCAUUCAUGCCAGAAAGCUGGUAACUCCCUCCCAGCAUCCCUGCGGAAGGAGUCAGUUUUUCAGAGUGUGGCCUUUCAAGGCAAAUGAUGGGGAAGGGUUCCCCAGUCCCCACAGUGGCCCCACCUCUGGGCCCUGCACCAGAGCCCUCCUGUGUCAUGGGGGCUGUGCACCCAUGCACGCACCUACGCACACACACCACUCCGCACUGCAGUAUAUUCUUGCCAAAGAUUUCCUUUAAAAGAAAGCACUUUUACUAAUUAUUAUUUUGUAAAUGUUUAUCUUCUUCUGUCUUCUCCCUCCCUGAAUCUAUUUUACUGUUGUUUAUUGUUGAAUCUGUGUGUCAGCCAGGAGAGUGCUGUCUGGCCUUGAACACGGGCUGGGACGGGAAAGGGUCUGGGAGAAGAUGGGCAAGAAAGAGCCGGAGAGUCAUGGACAUCGCAGCGACGCAGACUCCAGCAGGUUCAGUCCCAUGCUGCCGCCAGCUGUCCAGCUGGGUGUCUGGAGGGAAGAGGGCAGAGGAGGGUCAUGUCCCUUCAGCUGGGGGAGGGGCCCAGUGAGCUCCACGUGGCUCUUUCCCAAAGGGAGCAAGAGGGAAAGAUUGGGCGAGAAAACAAGGGAGAGGGGACCUGAGAAGGAAAACAGGGAGGAAGUGAGCAGUUUGAUCAUCCUGCUAUCACGGUGUUCUGGCUCUCUUACUUAGCCAGGCACUUGAGGGACAGAUACAUCACAUCCUAAGUUUGGGAAAGGGCUUUGACCCAUCUCAUCUGAGCCUCUCCUCCAGUAGCUCUGAAAGAUGUGGACACCAAUGGCCAGGAUUCCUUCUCCCCGGUUUUUGAGGAUCCCUCGGUCUUCUGAGACUGGCCAGGAGAGGGAUGGUGGGGCCAGUGGUUGUGUGAGAGCAGGAGGGGCAGCCCUCCUGGACAAGUGUGAUCCCCCUAUAAAGGGCUCUCAGGAGGUUGGCGAGUAGGAGAUUCUGCCUUGUUCUGAUGAGCCUGCACAGGGGCUCCAAGGAAACAUGCUGUCCGGGGGUCAAAGAAGGGUGGUGAGUGUGAUCAAAUCUAGUCUCACUCCCACUUUUUAGUCUCACUCCCACUUUUGUCCAUCACCCCUGCCUCUUGGAUCUUCUCCCACUUUUUUUUCCAGCUUUAGGACCUGGGGAGAUCAUGUGAGUCAAGGGAGACCCCCAGUCCUGCCCCCACACUCGGGGUCCUCCAAGAGGUUGGGGGGCCGUCCCAGAGCAGCCCUUUACCCCAGGUUCAGGCCCUGGAAUCCUGAGACUCACGUUUCCUUGGCCAGUGGUAACACAGGACGUGUGCGCGCAUGUGCAAGUGUGGAUGUAUGUGUGUGCGUGUGUUUUGCUCAUCUCUUUAGGGAACUUGGGAGUAGGGGUUGGAGGUGCUGGGCAAUGGAACUUCAAAAUUCAAUGUCGCCCAGCAGUGAGGGGAGUUGGGAGGUGAGGCCUGUAGGGCAACCAAUUGGUGGAGUCUCAGCGAUAGCCCAGGUGAGAAGUGGGCCACCCAGAGGGGCAGGGUGGGGGCCUCGGGCAGAUCUGUCCCUCUUGGCCCCUCUGUCCUCAAAUGUCCAAAAUGUUGGAGGACCUCCAUUCAUACCCCACGCCUGGGCUCUUGUCAGCAGUGGAGUUACCGUAGAGGGAUGUCCCAAGCUUGUUUUCCAAUCAGUGUUAAGCUGUUUGAAACUCUCCUGUGUCUGUGUUUUGUUUGUGCGUGUGUUUGAGAGCACAUCAGUGUGUGCAGGCUGUUUCCCCAUUUCUCUCCUCCCUUCAGACCCGUCAUUGAGAACAAAUGUAAGAAAUCCCUUCCCACCACCCUCCCUGCUUCCCAGGCCCUCUGCGGGAGAAACAAGAUCACCCAGCAUCCUCCCCCACCCCAGCUGUGUAUUUAUAUAGAUGGAAAUAUACUUUAUAUUUUGUAUCAUCGUGCCUAUAGCCGCUGCCACCGUGUAUAAAUCCUGGUGUAUGCUCCUUAUCCUGGACAUGAAUGUAUUGUACACUGACGCGUCCCCACUCCUGUACAGCUGCUUUGUUUCUUUGCAAUGCAUUGUAUGGCUUUAUAAAUGAUAAAGUUAAAGAAAACUC